GACGAGUUUUGUAUUUUACGUGAAUAUUGAACACUUGGUUUUGGGUCCGUGAACCACUGCUGCUGCACCGUCCAUUUUACAUUUUACCGGUCAUCCGAUACACUCGUAUACUACCUGCAGCCGACUAUACUCUAUCAGCUAAACCUAUACUAUGGCUAGUUUAUAUUAAACCUACGCCUGUACCAUUUAUUUUUUACCUAUACACCGGUUUAGUAACCGUAUAUUUAGUAAAUAUAAUAUUUACAAUACCAUCGUGCGCCCAAUUGUUAUAGAUUCAUCUCACGAUUUAUUAUAACAUAUUAUAAUAUUAUUCUUACGUCGACAAAUAAUACACGAGCAUCAUCAUGAGGAGUGAAGUUCUCGAAGAAAUGCCCGAAUCAAUAAUGGAAUAUUUCUGUGAACAAGUAUUGAAACGCGAUUGGCCGAACUGUAUUCACGCAUAUUAUUUUAUUAAAAAUGCAUUUCAAUGGAAGCGCAAAAAUUCGGAAUCUAGUUACAAAUUAUACUAUAUUUCUAAUGACGUUGAGAAUGGAACAUUUAUUGGGAUUUUAUCAAGACCCGAAGAAGGAUAUCCAGACCUCAUAGUUGCAUACACUUUCCCGGGAAAUGAAGAACAAUUUCAAAGGAUGCUGUUUAGCACUGAGUACAUCAACUGGCAGAAGAAACCACUAUUCCAAGCUGUACCGUCGAGGAUGAAGGCCAUCGUAGAAACGAUGAUUGAGGAAAAGGGAUUGAAGAGUAAACUAUAUUUCAAUGCUGUGCUUAAGUGGAUGCCAGCCGAUGAAGCCGCCAGAUUAGACUAUGAGAUUCCAGAAGAUGUUUUUAUUGACCAAUUGAGUGUGGAUCAUAUCGACUUUAUUUAUUCGUUAUGGACUCACAGCGACGUUUAUCCCAAGUCCGACCUUUGGGAUACAGUAAGGUUAAACAUUGGUUUAGGUGUAUUCAGUCGGCUUAAUGGCGAGUUAUUAGCGUGGGUCAUGUGUGGUAGUUAUGGAGGUCUUAGUACUUUGAUGGUUCAUCCAGAUUACAGAGGACGUGGAUUUGGCAAGCUGAUUUUGUUGGCAGUCACAAAGGUAAUGGGUGAGAGUGGUGUCUCUCCUUAUGGACUAAUUAAUGAAAAGAACAAAGUUUCGUUGGGUCUAUUUAAGAGCGUUGGCUAUGUUAAACAUUCAACGCCAUUACCAUGCAUAGAAGUCGAAGACCCAGAUGCAAGUGGGCCAUAAAACCGGGACAAUUACCUUGGCAUUUGCCCCAACGAUUGGAUUCAAAAAUAUACAUUAUUCGUUUAAUGAAAGUUUGAAUUCCACUAAGUGAGAAGAGACCACCAUAGCGGUAAUAAUGACUGCUAAUAUUAUAAAGAUUAAAGAAUAAUGAAAUUUUUUUUUUUUAAUCAUACUUAUUAAUUUUAUAUUUAUACAGCUUAAAUUGAAUUAAUUUUUGUUGAAAACGUUGCAUUUUAUAACGUCAUUAUGUCGAUUUGUGGAUUUGUGUUAUCUAAUAUCAAUAAAAUAUAAUAUUAUAUCAAUAUACCUAAGUAUGUUAAAA